CAUGUCUUGUGUUUGCCUGACUCAACCCACCAGUGUUUCUAGACCUCCUAUAAAAAGCAAAGUUUCUCUUGUCACCGCCUGCUGAAUAUCUCCGGUGGAGACCCAAUAUGAACAGUCUGCUCCUUGCGUUGUUGGGGUGCCUUGUUUUGGCGCUGCCCCUAGCCAGUAGUCAAAAGGUCAAAUGGUGUGUGAAGUCAAAUAAUGAAUUAAAAAAAUGCACAAAACUUGCCAGCAUAACACAAGAGCUUGAAUGUGUUAACCAACCGAGUGUGACUGAUUGCCUGAAUAGCAUUAAGUCUGGUGGAGCAGAUGCUAUGACUGCAAAUGGAGAACAGGUACACCAUGGUGGACUCGUAAACUAUGAACUGAAACCGAUCAUCGCAGAGAAGUAUAAAAAAGAGUGCUGUUAUGCUGUUGCUUUGGUAAAGAAAAACACUGGCUUCACGAUCAAUGAGCUAAUUGGGAAGACGUCCUGCCACGGCUGUUACAAAUCACCUGGAGGCUGGAAUAUGCCUAUUGGAAAACUGGUUUCAAAGUCGAUGAUUGAAUGGGAGGGUCCUGAAGAUGAACCUGUGGACAGGGCUGUGUCAAAGUUCUUCUCAUCUGCCUGUGUUCCUGGAAUAUCAAAAAACAAAUAUCCAAAUCUGUGCCAAGCUUGCAAGGGUGACUGCUCCUGCUCAUCCAAAGAAGACUACCAUGGCGAUGAUGGAGCCUUCCGGUGCUUGAAGAACGAUGGAGGAAAUGUUGCCUUCGUUUGUCACAAUGUAAUCCCAGUGGGUGAGAGACCGAACUAUGAGCUGUUGUGCAUGGAUGGCAGCAGAAAAAGUGUGGAUGAUUACAAGAGUUGCCACUUCGGCAAAGAACCCGCUGUUGCUGUCAUAAGCCGCAGUGAUGCUGAUUCAGAAAAAAUUUACAAUAUUCUUUCUAAAAUUCCGGCUUCAGAUCUUUUCUCAUCGGAGGCGUUUGGGGGAAAAGACCUGAUAUUCUCCGACUCUGCAUCUGGCCUAUACAUCUUGCCUAAGAGCACAGACUCCUUCCUCUACCUGGGAGAAGAGUAUUACGAGGACAUGCAUGCCCUUAUAGACGGGCCAAAGAAACCUCCACCCAUACCUCGUAAAAUUCAAUGGUGUGCUGUAGGACACCUCGAGCAGCAGAAGUGUGACAGUUUAGGAAUCGAUCGUUUGGAGUGUCGACGUGCACAAUCUGUGGAUGAGUGCAUCAAGAUGGUCAAGAAAGGGGAAGCAGAUGCUUUUGCAGCUGAUGGUGGGCAAGUGUAUAAUGCUAAAAAGUGUGGUCUUGUUGCAGUCAUGGCUGAGCAGUAUAAUGCGGAAAAUUGUCGUCUGAAAACAAAAGGAAGUGCUUCGUCCUAUUAUGUUGUGGCUGUGGUGCAUAAGGGUUCAGGUGUGACCUGGAAGAACCUGAAAGGGAAGAAGUCCUGCCAUACUGGCCUGAACCGCAAUGCUGGUUGGAAAAUACCAACAGCAAUUAUCUGCAUAAAAACACAAAUUUGUGACCUCCACCAGUUCUUCAGCAAGGGCUGUGCUCCUGGUGAUGAUCCUUCUUCAAACUUGUGUGAGCUGUGUAAGGGCAAUGGAAAGGCAGUGGGAAAUGAGUACAAGUGUGAAGCCUCUUCUAGAGAGUUGUAUUAUGGCUAUGAUGGGGCUUUCAGAUGUCUUGCGGAAAAUGUGGGUGAAGUAGCUUUUAUCAAGCACACUAUUGUUGCGGAUAACACAGAUGGUAAUGGUCCAGUUUGGGCUAAGGGUCUGAAGUCAGAAGAUUUUGAACUUAUCUGUCCAGAGUCACCAUAUAAAACAGGAAACAUCUCUGAGUUCGAAAAAUGUAACUUUGCCCUUGUGCCAGCUCAUGCUGUGGUGACGCGGGAAGAUGUUCGUAAUGAUGUGGUGUCCCUCCUGAAAGAUGCUCAAGACAAGCCCUUGUUCAAGUCAGAAGGUGGCAGAAACCUUCUUUUCUCAGAUUCCACUAAAUGCCUUGAAGAGAUUACAAAAUCCACUGAGGAAUUCCUGACUCAAGAGUACAUGAAGAUAAUUGAAAAGAACUACGAGAUUGACAAGAAUAAACCAGACCUGUCGCUGGCAUGCAGUUUAGAUAACUGCAAAGUACAUCUUCAUGAAGACAGCAGGGACCUGACAGCAUUCAUUACACACGAGGGCCUCUUCAGAUUCCGUAGGGUACCUUAUGGCUUGGCGUCUGCUCCAUCUGCUUUUCAGAAAAUGAUGGUUGUCAUUCUAAAAGGAAUUAAGAAUGUUGCAAACUACCUAGAUUACAUCAUCGUCUGGGGACUACAGGAGCAUGAUCAAGCGCUAAAAGAUGAACUGCAACGUCUCAAAGAUGCUGGAUUGAUAUUAAAUGAGUCCAAGUGUCAAUUCAGAAAGCAGAGCUUGAAGUUUUUAGGACACAUUGUGACUGCACAAGGUAUUCAGCUGGAUCAGGAACAUCUCGCCGCAAUAGUCAAUGCACCUGCACCAUCAGAUACUGUUCAGUUACGUUCUCUGCUGGGACUCCUCUUAUGUACACAUUUCUGUUUUACAGCUGUGUCAAAGUUCUUCUCAGCUGCCUGUGUUCCUGGAAUAUCAAAAAACAAAUAUCCAAAUCUGUGCCAAGCUUGCAAGGGUGACUGCUCCUGCUCAUCCAAUGAAGACUACCAUGGCGAUGAUGGAGCCUUCCGGUGCUUGAAGAACGAUGGAGGAAAUGUUGCCUUCCUUUGUCACAAUGUAAUCCCAGUGGGUGAGAGACCGAACUAUGAGCUGUUGUGCAUGGAUGGCAGCAGAAAAAGUGUGGAUGAUUACAAGAGCUGCCACCUCGGCAAAGAACCCGCUGUUGCUGUCAUAAGCCGCAGUGAUGCUGAUUCAGAAAACAUUUACAAAAUUCUUUCUAAAAUUCCGGCUUCAGAUCUUUUCUCAUCGGAGGCGUUUGGGGGAAAAGACCUGAUAUUCUCCGACUCUGCAUCUGGCCUAUACAUCUUGCCUAAGAGCACAGACUCCUUCCUCUACCUGGGAGAAGAGUAUUACGAGGACAUGCAUGCCCUUAAAGAAGGGCCAAAGAAACCUCCACCCGUACCUCGUACUAUUCAAUGGUGUGCUGUAGGACACCUCGAGCAGCAGAAGUGUGACAGUUUAGGAAUCGAUCGUUUGGAGUGUCGACGUGCACAAUCUGUGGAUGAGUGCAUCAAGAUGGUCAAGAAAGGGGAAGCAGAUGCUUUUGCAGCUGAUGGUGGGCAAGUGUAUAUUGCUAAAAAGUGUGGUCUUGUUGCAGUCAUGGCUGAGCAGUAUAAUGCGGAAAAUUGUCUUCUGAAAACAGAAGGAAGUGCUUCAUCCUUUUAUGUUGUGGCUGUGGUGCGUAAGGGUUCAGGUGUGACCUGGAAGAACCUGAAAGGGAAGAAGUCCUGCCAUACUGGCCUGAACCUUAAUGCUGGUUGGAAAAUACCAACAGCAAUUAUCUGCAUAAAAACACAAAUUUGUGACCUCUACCAGUUCUUCAGCAAGGGCUGUGCUCCUGGUGAUGAUCCUUCUUCAAACUUGUGUGAGCUGUGUAAGGGCAAUGGAAAGGCAAUUGGAAAUGAUUACAAGUGCGAAGCCUCUUCUAGAGAGUUGUAUUAUGGCUAUGAUGGGGCUUUCAGGUGUCUUGCGGAAAAUGCGGGUGAUGUAGCUUUUAUCAAGCACACUAUUGUUGCGGAUAACACAGAUGGUAAUGGUCCAGAUUGGGCUAAGGAUCUGAAGUCAGAAGAUUUUGAACUUAUCUGUCCAGAUUCACCAGAUAAAACAGUAAAAAUCUCUGAGUUCGAAAAAUGUAACUUUGCCCUUGUGCCAGCUCAUGCUGUGGUGACGCGGGAAGAUGUUCGUAAUGAUGUGGUGUCCCUCCUGAAAGAUGCUCAAGCCAAUGGUUACCCCUUGUUCAAGUCAGAAGGUGGCAGAAACCUUCUUUUCUCAGAUUCCACUAAAUGCCUUCAAGAGAUUACAAAAUCCACUGAGGAAUUCCUGACUCAAAAGUACUUGAAGAUAAUUGAAAAUAACUAUGUGAUUGACAACAGUAAACCAGACCUGUCGCUGGCAUGCAGUUUAGAUAACUGCAAAGUAGAACAAUAAGUCCUAACAUGUUUCCCCUGACUAAGAAACAUCUCUGAACAACUGGAGUAUGAAAGAAAAUAUCAACAAAAUGUUAUUAUGUUUCUGUCGUGUCAUUACAAACAGGUAUCUAAUUAUGAU